AUGGGUGCUACGACAUCGCGAGAAGCUGCUCGUCGACUACCGAAACAAGUCAAAAGCGAGAAUCUUUCAAAACCUACGGCAUCACCUUCAACCAUUCAUGACGAUUAUAAGCAAGCAGCUGCAGCACCCGAUGCACCAUUACCAGAAGAAGAGGAAGAACAACGCGAUCCUGAAUUACACAAGAAGCUCACAAAAAUAGGUCCAGUUAAAGUAGAACCUACGGUUACGCGUAUGCGAACUUCUGAUAAUAUGCUACAUAUCAUCCGUGAACGACAACGGAUCGAAGAAGACGAAGACCUCGGCCGACUAUCCCAAGUUCCUAAUCGAACCACGAUUGAUGUCAUUUUCUCUGCCUUGGAGCAACGUAAACGAUUAGCGCCAGGCGACUUGAAUAACGAAAAGGUGCUGCAAGGCCUGUCGCGAGACUAUGGAUUGGAUGUGCCGACAUUACAAAGCUUGUACAAGUAUUAUAAUACCAUGGCUGUAUUGCCUGCUAGACCAGACGACCAAAAGAAUCGCAAAUACGGUAUUUGGGCUGAAAAUAAACAAGAAUGGCAACAGGCACUGGAUACGGCAAUUGCACGCAACGAGGAAAUCAAGCAGAAGAUCCGAGUGGAAAAGUCAGAAACAGCAGCAACGAUUGGUAGUAGUAGUGGCAAAAAGGAACAGGCAGAACGGACAUUGACAGAUGCAGAAAAGAAAGAGAAACGUUUACAAGAUUUGUUUGAAGACUAG